AGGAUUGAUGUGAGAUCAUCGCUCAAAUUGCAGAAUGAUACAAAACUCUUGGAAAGUAAUCCAACCCAUACUCACUAUCGGAUCUCGUUCUCUCACAACAUCUGACUUACACAGACAAUUUAAACAGCCUAUAUUGGUCACCCAAUCUUCCUCCUUACAGAAGAAAAUUAACUACUAUGCACUCGAACCAAUAAACGAGCCUACGAUUGGCAUGCUGAUGAAGGAAUCUCGGAGCAGAGAUAAGAACAAGCUUAUCCGGAGCUGCCACUUUAUGCACAAGGAAUUUCUGGUCAGGAUUGCGAAAGUGAUCAUGGACCUUCAGAACCUACCCUACAUAUUACUGACAAAUGCAGACAUCAAGCGGGUUCUGGACCUGUACAUGCACGCUUUUUCGGACAUGCUUAACCAGCAGAAAAUUCAGAGUUUAGGAGAUGUGGACACGUUUAACGAGGCUCUGAGCGGAAUUCUAGACGACUUAAAAGAUAUAAUUCUGCUCCUUUCUAAGGGAAUACAUGAUAGUCAGCCCAAUUUCAAAGGCGAUAAUUUUCAAAAUACAGUGAAGAAGCUGAUGGAUCACAUAGUACUGAACAGACUGGGUAACAGAAUACUUGCACGUCACCACUUGUCCAUGCACGUGACCAGGGUAGGGUACAUAAGUGAAGUGAACACUGAACUCUCUCUUAAGAAGAUCAUUAUGAAGAACGCUACUUUCGCUGCGAAUGUGUGUCAGAAUGUCUACAUGGACACGUUGCCUGAGGUGCUUAUUGACGGACAUGCGGAGACUAGAGUAGCUUUUAUUCCUAAUAUUAUCGACUACGUUCUGAGGGAGAUAUUGAAAAAUAGUUUCAGAGCGACGGUUGAAGCCAACAUGCACCAAGUGGACAAGCCCCCUAUUAUAUGUACUAUCUGUAACACGCCUGAUUUCUGGACUAUCCGGAUAAGUGACAGAGGGAUGGGAAUGCCGGACAGUGUCUUAAAUCAAAUACAGAACUACUGUUACACAUCCUUCAAGCCGGAGGAGGAGUACUCCCAUGCUUUUGGUGAUUUAGUCAGCACUGGAGUUCAGGAUCAGGGAAGUUCAUUAGCUGGAUUCGGCGUUGGAAUUCCAGUAUCCCGUGCGUACGUUGGGUUUGUAAAAGGGAAGUUGGAGUUCCAGACGAUGCCGGGCAUCGGAACGGACGUUUACAUAAAAAUUCCUCAGCUCAGUAAGAUUAUUGAUGAGGUUCGCAUAUGAUAUCCUGGAAGGACUGCAAAAACUAUUGAAGUAUGAAAUAAUCUCUUAGACCUCGGAAGAAGCCCUACAUUGCAAAUGACUAAUUCGACAAGAGCUGCUGCUAUUGUACAGCAUGAACUUCAGAGCAGCUCCUCAAAUUGAGAGCGUACUUAUACUCAGAACGACUCAUAUUAACAUUGUUGGCAAAUUACCAACUUAAUCUCACUCCAAUAUGUGUAUAUAUGGACAUUGCCCGUCGGAACAGAGUUUCCGCUGGAGUGUUCUUAAUUGAGAAACUGCAUUUUUUAUUGUUAUUUUUAUUAAACUGCGAUUAUAUGUUUUUGGACUUAGCGUUGUAGCUAAGCCAAAAUUCCAUGUAAUAGCUUUACUUUACAGUCUCAUUAUUUUAAGAUGACUGCCCAAACCAUUGCUUAACAAUGAUGCUUAUUAAAAUGAUGCUUAUUGGGUUAUUUAAAUUUAAAUGAUUUUAAUCUAUGGGGAUUAUAUUGUGACGACACAGCAGUCAUGAGUAACCAUGAUAUUGAGUCACAUGGUAUUUGAAG